AUGGCUGAAUUCUUGACGCGCAUCGACACCGCUAAGCUCGUUGCAGCAGAGGCUGCCCUCUCAGUAUUCACCUCUGCUUUUGCCGCUCCGAACUACAACCUGCCUAUCUUCCUCUUCGGUCUCUAUGCUCAGGAGGCCGCAGAAGCCGUGGAGUCGCUGAAGAUGUUCACCUAUCUUGUAGUGGGGACUAUUCCUCUUGACGUCAUCUGGAUGUGGAACCAUGAGCAGGGAUGGUUCAUGAAGUUGCUCACCAUCUUGAUCCUUGUUCUGAAGGUACCCACUGCCAUGGUGUUUGCCACAGCUCUGCAGACACGGGGUGGUAACUUCUCUGGCUUCAGCGGAUUGCGCGGCGGUGACGUUGCAGGCGCGACGGUCUGGUCUAUGCCUGGCGGUUUCACUUCUGGUGGACGAGAGGGCUACCAGUCUGUGGACGAACCCGACAUCCAGACACCGAGGCCACUCGGAACGUCCCAGCCCGCACCCGUACCCGCACCUGCACAGCAGGGCACCCCUGGCGCAUACCAAAACGUAUAA